AUUAACUCACUCAUAAAUCUUGGUCAAAUCAGUGAAUUAUGAAUGACAUCAAAGUCUCACAAUCAUUAUCAGUUAUUCAAGCUACAACGACAAAUAAAAUGAAGUGGAUUAGUAAAAUUGCUUAUGGAACGGGUCAAAUGCUUAAAGAUCUUGUUUUGGGAUUUAUCUGUAUAUUCUACAUCAUAUUCUAUGAAGGUUGUAUCAGUUUGAGUAGUUCACAAGUUGGAGCAUUAUUACUGUGUGGUCAGAUUGCCAAUGGAUUAGCCACACCAUUGAUUGGUUAUUUAUCAGAUCGUCUACUCGGUCUAACUGAAAAACCGGCAACUGUUCACCAGUCAAUAACGUGUGAAGAUGGAAGUGUAAAGAAGGAUAAGAGGUUGUUCAAUCGAAUGAAACGACAGUUGAGACUUGGACAGAGAAAGUCAUGGCAUUUAGGUGGAUGUUUAUUGAUGCUUGUUGCCUUUCCGUUGAUGUUCGGACAACCGGAAUAUUUUGUUGGUCUUCCAAUUGUGGUGAAGUUAUUGAUCAAUGGCAUGUUUAUGAUUUGUGUUCAGGUUGGUUGUGCAGCUGUACAAAUUCCCCAUUUAUCAAUUAUCAAUGAUUUGACAGACCAACAUGAUGAACGAGAAUUGCUUGCAUCCUUGAGAUAUUUAUUCCAUGGAAUCGGACAGUUGGCUAUAUUACUUAUAACGUAUUUAUUUUUUGAAUCAGAAAAAUCCAGUUUGUUACUUUUGAAAUCAGUAAAUGAGACUGACAACAAUGUGAACAACAGUCAACUGUUCACAAAAUCAUUAAUAACAACUGACAUUAUUGUUGGAAGUGAACGAGCAACAUUGUUCAAAGAUUCGAUAAAUAACCAGUCAACGAAUGUUGGGAAACAGUUAGUCGUACAUUCAGAAUACAAUAUAACAAUUCAAGAUUUGCCCAUAUUUCGAAAUGUUGCAUUGAUUGUCGUUGGCAUUGGAGUAUUAUUCACAAUAAUCUUCCAUUGUGGUGUUCGUGAAGGUAAACCGAAAGCACACCAAUCACUCGCAAUGCAAUCUCAUGAAAUUCAAGAUACAACAGAUGAAUUCUCACAAGUGAUUGGAACAAGCAACAAUAACGGAGUGAUUAAUGGUAAUUCUGUUGUGGUUUCACAGCUCAAAUCCAAACGAAAACGGACCUACAGCCUUUCAUCUACACUUCCCUGGUAUGCUUGGUUUACACUACCAAGAUUUUGGCUGAGCUGUUCUACAUUCAGUAUAAUGCGUCUUAGUGUAACUGUUUCUGUGAUGUAUAUGGGUCCAUUUUUGUUGAAUUCAUUAAAAAUGGAUAAAAGUUCAAUGGUUUCUGCCCCAUUAGUAACCACAAUUUCUUGUUUGAUUACAUCAGUUGGUGUACAAAGGAUAAAUAAAUUACUCGGGAAUUAUAUUGGCUCAGUCAUCGGUGUUGUAUUUAUCCUUGGAUUUUGUACAAUCGCUUACUUUUUAAAAUCAGCCGAUGAAAACCUCGUAGCAAUAUAUUUUGCUGCAGCCAUUCUAGGUAUUGGAAACACAAUCAAUAAUGUUCGAGCAUUGGUUGUGAUCGCAACAUUGAUCGGUGUAAAGCAAGUACACACAGCAGCAUUUGUUCAUGGGAUCGCAUCAUUUUUUGAUAAAAUCUUGACUGGUGUCUUCAUUCAAUGCAUACAACUCUGUGUACCACAGUUAACUUAUAGACAUAUACAGGUGUAUAUUGUAGGUAGUUUGGCAAUAUUCGGUGGUAUUCUAGCGACAAUUGGUAAUUUCAUUUAUUCAGAGACUUUAGAAAGUACAGAUGCACCAUGUCUUUCAUGUUUUUGUCAAAAAACAACUUCAUCGUCGCCUCCGUCACCAACGAGAUUUCAAAGUGAUCAAACCUUUAAUCGUGAUGUUCGGAACGAAAAGGAAAACAGAGAUAACUGUCAAUGCUAACCAACAUAUUUAUAUAUCAUUAAUACAAGUCUUUCCACAUACAACAAAACGUCUCCAUUUUCUAUCUCUCUACCACUUUUCAGUUUAUCAGUUAAUUGAUGUAUAUUCACCUACUGUUCCCUUCAAAGAAACCCGAUCUAUUAUGAUACAUUUCAACAUGAAAUCCAUACUUUUCUUAAGCAAUCUACUAUCGAAUACUUAAUUCAACCUUUCCACUGAAUAUUUUAUUUUUGUAUACAUCAGGCUGUAAUACUUAGACACUUGAAUUAAAUUAACAAUAUGGAGUACUCAUAAUAUUUGUUAUUUUGGCAGAAUAUUGUAUUAAUUAUCAAUAGUUAUUCAUAAUUGAUUCUUCGACAGAUGUCUUCUCUGUAAACAAACAGAAGUUAGAGUGUAGAUAACAUUUUUCAAUAAAACAAGUAGAAAUAAAUUGCACCAACCAACAAGUAUUCUAACUCUAUUCAUUAACUUCAAAAAACUGGUUUACACUAACUGAUAAAGAAAUGGAAAUUAUGGACUGACGAUUAUUUAUUGUCCUGAACUCCCCAUCACAAUAAACUGUGAUUAGUUUGUGAUUUAUAUUGUGGCAAAUUAAAAGGUGAAAUAAGUAUGAGGUUACUGUAAAUUCUGAUUAGAUAUUUUAUAUAAUUUGACAAUAGUUUGAGUGAAUAUUUGGUAUGCACUUGAGGAGGUUGGGAGAAUCAAAGGAGUACUGGACAACCGUUUCAUCCUAUUUAGGGGCUUUAUAGCAAUAUACAUCCACGACUGCAAGAGAAACAUUUCACAGUGAGUAUAGCCCUUCCAAAUCCCUGAAUCAGAAUCAAUUUGUCUACAUUUUGUGAAAUGGCGAGACAGCAGUUAGCUCACACCCGAUUUGUUUGACUUUACAAUCCACAGCUUCCCAUCAUGACUUUGAGAAAUACAUCAUGAAGCUAGUCAAUAACAAGCGUAUGACCAUUAAUUAGAUAGAUGUUUUGUAUAAACUUCUUUGAUAUAAACAUAGUUUCUAUGACUCAUCGACCCAUAUUCUCAACAAGAAUGCCUCGUGGUCCUAUUCAAUAAUUCAUUAUGAAUCAGAAGCAUACUAUGACAACUUAUGAGGUUAGAUCUGCAAGUUUCAAGGCAUUAGUUCUUUGAGAAAAUGUUAACGGUAUAUAAUCCUGAUGUAAUAAUAAGAUAGCUUAUUAGUUAAUCCAGAUAGUGAAUGGACAUUUAAUCAUUAGGUUAUAUCAAACUAAAAUUAUUAGUAAUGUUAAGUGUCGGAUCAAUGAUUUCGUGAUGUUAAUAUUAAGCAACUGAUUGCCUAUUGAACGUCGUUCCUUAACUAAAGAGCAUAACAUGCUCAGAUGACAUCUGUUUCUCCUACAAAUAGCAUUAGAUAUAAAUCUCCCGUAGCUUACUUCACGGACUGACUGUGGCUAGACAACCAUAGAAAACCAGAGAGGACUGGAUAGCCUCAUCCUAGUACGGGACUCGUCAUCAGUGCAUACCCAUGGUUCCACUAGGGAUUGAACCCAGGACUUCAGUUGUCACAGCACACACUUGACCGUUAGUGUCCAAUCAUACGUUUCUAGUCGGAGUUAAGGAUAAAAUAUUUCUAUCAACUCGAGAUAUAAAACGGUGAUCAAUUAACAGUAUUUCCCAACGAUUAAAUCUUACAUUCCUAAUGAUUAGAUUCAAAUGAGUAUCAAGGUAUACAGUUGCAGGAUGGCAAACAUUUAUACUUAUACAAUGAAGUGGUUAAUUAGUUAUGAUAUACUGUCACUCUCGUCCUGUCGUUGCUAUAUGGAUUUCAUCAUCUUAUCAAUUUAUAAAGGUUAUCUCAUCGAAGCUUCGUUUUUGGUAAGAAAACAGAUUAAACAUGAAUGUCUCGGAAACGGGUAUUUCCAUACUUCAUUGCAAAGCCUUGAGUUAGAGAGUCAAUCGACUUAAAGGUACAGAGGAUGACUACCGAUAAAAGUAGAUGAUAAUCGGAUGUAAUAACGAACAGACUGAAAUUGUGAACUUGACUUGAUGACCCUAAUAUAAACAGUUACUACUGAGAAGUUAUAGGCUAGGGUAAAAUAGCUGUGUGAUAGGCGUUGAAUUUUUUGUCAUGGAUGGUACUGAAAAAUCCAAUUUUGUUUUGUACAUAAUUUUGAGUUUAACACUCAGUGAUAGUCAUCGUUAUUAUUUAAGACUCUAGCGCAAAUCAGAGAGACCUACAUAAUAACUUUAGAAAGGACCAGUAUAAACAUAGAAAUAAUAGUUGAAAUAAAUUUUCAAAAGUUUCUCUUACUUUAAAGCUAUAUGGUAAUUUUGAAAGUUCCCUCAUGAAUUGACUAUAUAGUGAUAACGGUAAAGUGUGAAAUAACACUAGUGUGAAAAAAAAUCGUAAAUAAGUCACACAAGAUAUCAAUACCAAAAUGUCGUCCUACUUCAUAGUACCGUACGGUGAAAUCAACGAAAAAAAGAGUAAUAUUAAGUGAAAUGAUAAGAAUGGAAACAUUUGUGCUACCAAAAUUGAUUUUUAGCCAUCUAUCUCUAACCACUAAUUCCCAGUAUCUUCCUUAUACGAUAAAUAUCUAAAUACAUGUUUUUGAUAUUGGAACCAUGCUUCUAAACAGAAGGAAAUGAUACGUAAUUAAUUAGAAUCCCAAUAAGUUUA